GCAAGAAACAAGCGAAAUGAUCGGCUAUAUAAAGCGCCAGAAACAAACAACAGAAAUGCUGUUCGGUUAUUCCUCAACCCUCCAUCUCCGUGCAAUUGCUUCCAAGUUCUAACCCUAAAUCCUCACGCAAGGUUUGGGGUUUUUUCCAAUUGGUCUGCAAUUCAACCCACCACUAUCGAUUGGGCAAUUCGGAAAUGGGGAGAAUGCUGAGGAGCUGCAUGCAAUCGCUGCUGAAGCUGGUGAAUUCGGUGGUUGGUAUGACUGGGAUUGCUAUGAUACUCUACGGUCUCUGGAUGAUUAGGGAUUGGCAGAGGCAUAUGGACGAUGGCCCUUCCCCUUUCGUCGGUCCCGAUACUCCUGCCCCUUGGUUCAUGUACACGUUUCUUGCCCUUGGUGUCACUUUGUGUGUGAUCACAUGCUCAGGCCAUAUUGCUGCUGAGACUUCUAAUGGCUGGUGCCUUUAUUGUUAUAUGGUGUUUGUCUUCUUGCUUCUUGUGCUGGAAGCUGCAGUGACUGCUGAUGUAUUCCUGAACCACAAAUGGCAGGAGGACUUCCCUGCGGAUCCAACUGGCAAUUUUGACGAGUUUAAAGACUUCGUCAAGAAGAACUUCAAGAUAUGCAAAUGGAUUGGCUUGUCGGUUGUGUGUGUACAGUGUCUGUGUAUGUUACUGGCUACGAUUCUGAGAAAUUUAGGACCACAUUCCGAAAGAUGCUAUGACAGCGAUGAUGAUUAUAUUCCAGACCGGGUUCCACUCUUGAAGAAUUAUGUUCAUCCACAUUACGCUGUUGGUGACCCUAUCUAUGGAUCCAAGAAUGAUUCUUGGAAUGUAAGAAUCAAUGAUAAGACAAACAGGUGAAAGUGGAUUUGGAAUGGGAAGAUCCUCAUUUGGAUGAUGAAGGAAGAUCAAAAGCAUGCCGAGGUUAGGCUAAAUAUGAACAUAUACUGAAUGUAUUGAAAGAGAGGGCAUUGACAACAGUUGCAUGAACAGUAGAAUUCCCUGUUAUUCUGGAAUCCUUCUCUUAAAACCGUUUCCCGUAAACAAUUGAAAUGCAUUAAAUGAAAGGUAGAAAGUGAACUAGAAAAA